AUGGCUUCCUUUAGUAACAACAACGCCGUCUUUCCAAUUCGGAAAGAUUUUAGUUUCAUCAGUGCUGUUCGUGAAACCUUUCCUGCUCAUUAUUCUUUGUUUAAUGCCGAAAUUUACUUUUCGAACAUGUUGUUAAGUGAUUUAAUGACUAAUUCAUCAGCGGGGAAUCAUCCUUCGAGUUCAAUUCUUCUUUCCACACGAUCCUCUCUCACAUAUCAAGUCGUUGCUUAUGUAGCCAACCUCUUUACCGUCACACUGAAAGAUAGAGUGAGCCCAUUCAUCACAAAACAAAUGAAUAAUUUAAUUUGGCUGAUCCGAUACAAAAUUUUGUUUGACAAUUUGAAACUGAAUACAAUUCAUCAUCAUGUAGAAACCAAUCUUAACAGUACUAUCACUGCCAACAAUAUUAUUGAGGAAACUCAUCAAAAUAAGAGGAAUACACAAGACCGAUAA